CGAAGCCGGACGUGUUAACGUCUGACAAACUUCACUUCAACCCUCUUUUUCUCUCGUUUCCCCGAUCAUCUAUCCCUCGCGUCACGCGAAUCAUCAUCCCCGCUCAACUCUCGAUCGCGCCGCGCUCGUGAUAUACUUGUGUCUCGACUCCGGAUCAUCAUCGUCAUUAUCCCGGCCGUUGGAGGAAACGAGACGCUCUCGACGUCGCCGGAAUCAGCCGCUGACACUAUGGAGUGACUCGACCGACGCACACAUCGUUAACCAGGCAGGCACUAAGAUGGACGCCGAGGCAGCGCUGCUGGAGAACUCGCCCACUCUGUCGACGAUCUCGUCGUCGGAUUCCACAGACGCGACUUACUCGGGGCCCGGCUCGCCCUACUCCCUGGAAUCGCCCAUCAUCGUCACAUCCUCGUAUAAAAAAAAGCGUGACGAUGAGGUCGCGCCCAGACCAACGCCCAGAUACCCACUGCCAUCCAGGAAGCCGAGCUUCCGGAUACGACCGCCCUACCUCAUGAUCUGCAUUAGCAUCAUCGAGAUAACCGUCCACUGCCUGGGAGACGAGGCGACGUUACGGAGAUGGCUGGUCUACGAUCCCCGUCAACGGGCGCAGGGCUGGAGGUUCGCCUCCUACAUGCUGCUGCACUCGAACACACUUCACCUCGCACUCAACGUGGUCAUUCAGCUGGUCCUGGCCACUCCACUCGAGGUGGAGCAGGGACGAAUAGGGGUGGCGACCAUCUAUCUCGGGGGCGGGGUGUGCGGCGCUCUGGGAGCGUCGCUUCUUCAACCGAGUCUUUACCUGGUCGGAGCCUCGGCAGGUAUUUACGCGCUGCUCACGAGUCACCUCGCUCAUCUUUACUUGUGCCACGGCGAGCUGCGCUACGCCGGCUGGCGUCUCGGCGCCGUGUUGCUGCUGGCCGGCGCCGACGUCGCGUCCCUGCCGAUACCGGCGCUGCUCGGAUGCGGCCGGGUUGGCUGGGCGGCCCACGUCGCCGGCGCCCUCGCGGGUCCCCUCCUGGGCCUGGCCGUGUUCCCGAAUCAGAGCAAGAAGGACGCCCGUGGACGCAGGUUCGUGCGGUACGUUCGGCUGCUGUCGGCCAUGAGCGUGAUGUUGCUGAUUGUCGGCGCUGUUCUCGGCAACGUUUACCUGAUCGCGCUGCCCCAGCUCAGGAAGCCAUCCUGA